CCAGCCACCAGCCAGUACGAUUGGGCGACGACCGACCGUUGUAGUGUUUCGCUAUACCCACAGACGGGCGCCGGACGGAAAGUUUUACAUCUCUCGCACACGCAAAUACUGUCAAAUCGUUUCGGCGGUCCGUACGUUUUAGUACCCAUCUCUGUCGUACUCACUACACUCAAGUCUACUCGGCUCGGCCAGCAGUCAGUGGUGGUGUCGCAGCGGGAAGACAGAUAACUACGUCGUCGUCGUCGCCGUCGUAGCUGAAGCAAAACUAAAAAGAAGUAUCUCAUAAAAAAUUCAACCAUGCCUGCUCCAACAAAAUCAAACGCAGCGAUGUCACCAGAUGGUGGAGCACCACAACCUGCUGUACCAAAAACUGAACUUCAAGAACUGCAAAUGAAAGCUGGCGAAGUAACAGAUGAAUCACUUGAAAGUACCAGGAGAAUGUUAGCUCUAUGUGAAGAGAGCCAUGAAGUCGGGAUGAAAUCUCUUGUGAUGUUGGAUGAACAAGGGGAACAAUUGGACAGGAUUGAAGAAGGUAUGGAUCAGAUUAAUGCUGACAUGAAAGAGGCAGAAAAGAACCUGACUGGCAUGGAAAAAUGUUGUGGAAUAUGUGUGCUGCCUUGUAACAAAUCAGCUUCAUUUAAAGAAGAUGAAGGUACGUGGCGAGGUAAUGAUGAUGGUAAAGUGGUUAACAACCAACCACAGCGUGUAAUGGAUGAACGUAAUGGAAUGGGUGCCCAAGGAGGUUAUAUAGCAAAAAUAACAAAUGAUGCUCGAGAAAAUGAAAUGGAAGAAAAUAUGGGUCAAGUUAAUACUAUGAUUGGAAAUCUUCGUAAUAUGGCAUUGGAUAUGGGCAGCGAAUUGGAGAAUCAGAAUAGACAAGUUUCACGAAUAAACAUGAAGGCUGGAUCUAACGAAACAAGAAUUUCAGUGGCAAAUCAACGAGCACAUGAACUGCUCAAAUAAUUUGAUAUGCAAAAUAUGGCUAGGGCAACAGCUAUUAUACUACUACGGCUAUUUGUUUUAAUUUAUUGCUACAGCUAUCAGAAAUAUAACUUUUUUUUUAUUAUUAUUAUUUGAUAAUUCUUUAAAUUGUAUUUAUAAAAAAUAUAUAUAAUUUAUUUAUCGUGAA